AUGUCUCAUAACAAUUUAAAAAAAAUAGCACCAGGGGCUUUGCAACUGUUACCAAAUCUAGCUCGCCUAUUAUUGACAGAUAACCCUCAUUUAGGAAUGACGCAGUUGGAUACGCAGUUGUUAGUGGGAACAGGUCGUAGACUACAACAAAUUGAUGCAUCCAGAACAGGUUUAUAUCAAGUACCUGAGGCUUUCACACAUUCAGUACGAUUUCUGUCCCUUAUAGGAAAUAACAUAUCAGCUGUAAGAUGUGGAGAUCUUGACAGUUACCCCUUGCUGCAAUCUUUAGAUUUUACUGAUAAUAAGAUUAUAACUAUAGAAGAUGAUUCCUUAGGCCGACUUGAAAUGCUGUUAUUUUUAAACAUCAAUAAUAAUUUACUCCCUUCCGUACCGAAAUCAUUGCCAGAUGAACUAAAGUAUUUAUCAGUUAGUAAUAACUCCAUUAAAAACGUUUCCAUACCAGAUUUUAAAAAUUUGCCAAGUUUACGUAUCUUGCUAUUACAGCAUAAUCAAAUUAGAUUUAUUCAAGAUCAUGUAUUUGAUGAUUUGCUCUCAUUAGAGAUGCUUGACUUAUCUUAUAAUCCAAUUCAAAUGCUGUCUUCAAGCACAUUUGAUGGACCAUUAUUACUUCGGGAUUUAAGGCUUUGUUAUUUAAAUGUUUCUGUGUCUGAAGAAGUUGGUUCAUUUCCAAUGUCGUCACCUGAAAGCGUUCAAAUGCUUCACUUACAGGCUAGCCCGGGCUUAGCAAGACAAUUAUUAGCCGAUUCUGCAGCUUUAGCCGCGUUUUCUCGUUUGCAAUAUUUAGAUUUAAGAAUGAAUAAUUUAAAGGAAAUAAGAAAUGAUUUGUUAUUUUAUCUCGUGCAACUAAAGACACUAAGAUUGCAUGGUAACCAAAUAAAUUGUAGCAGAGAGUUAUGGUUGACUGAUUGGAUGAAUUGGAACAAAAGUUUGUCCGAUGGCGAAACAUGCUAUUUUUCAACUUCUGAAGACAAAUCUGAAAUAACAAAGUACAACUGUACAUUUCAAGAAACUUUUACGAUAAAUGAAAGUUUGCCACCUGUUAGUUUAUACAGUACUGAAAUGAUUAAUAAAUUACUAAGAUAUUAUGGAUAUCUCAAUAAUAAAACUGAGAGAGCUUAUUCGAGGCAGGAAAAUUACAAAACUGAGAUAAAAAGUAAUAGAAAUUUUGAAGAUUUAUCAAAAAUUAAGGGGAGUAAAUCAAAAAGUAGCUACAUAGUGUCUGAUACAAAGAAGGUUGAAAAAAAGGUUAUUUCAAAAAGCAAAAUUCUAAUGAAACUUAAAGAAAAUUUUAAUGAGACCUUCGUAAUCAAAUCUACACCGUCAGCAAAUGUUUUCAAUAGAAACGAAUAUCAAAAUGAGCAAUUAAAAAUAAAUCGCAAAUUUUUAGAUUUUGAUGUAUCUAUAGCUACAUCAAGCAAUACUGAUCAAGAAAAAACGUUUACGGGAAAAAGAUUGAAUACUCCGAUUUCAUCUAAAGUAUCAGUUCCCUAUAUAUUCACAACAACAAAACUUCAAGCACAAAGAACCGUAAAUGACGCAUAUACAACAAAUCCUAAUGACAAACUUGAGUAUUCACCAUACCAAGCAACACACCAAAGUUAUGCCCAAUAUAUAGGUAUAGUUGCUAUAACAAGCUUGAGUGUAAUUUCCAUAAUUCUAUGGUUGGUGAUUAGUUUUCGACUAAGAAUUAGAAGACGACAGCUUCUAGCGGUAGAAGUAGACAACCAAAUAGAGGUGUCGAAUAUAUCUGGUGGAGUAUUGUGGUGA